GAACCAUUUGUGCCGUAUCACGACGCGCGCUGACUAACACUUGCGCUACCUUCGUGAUGAAUAUCUCUCACUGUGUGUUCUGGGUAGUUGUACUUCUGUGUGGACCUCUUGCUGGUCGAAAACACAUCCUUAAUCUAAAGGUUUCAAAUAUUUAAUGCUUUACACGAAUUUUAGAACGAUGGUCGUAAGUCAGUCUUAUGCAGUCAUUUCGGGUUUGCAAAGGAUUCAUUUCUCUCUGUUUUUAUCCAGAAACUGCAAGGUGAUUUACAAUAUAUAACUUUUACUCUGGAUAAGGCUGGGGAUUCUGGAGUAACGUCACUUACUGUACGUCGAACUUCAUUAAUCUACUUACUCAUCUUCUAUAGGAAUCCAAGUCAAAUUCUUGUUUUUGGGAUAAGUCAUUUAAAUUUAUUUAUCUCUCAUUUGACAAAUCAUCCAAGUUAGCGGUUUGAUGGUAAUAUUCUGACCUCUUUGCUUAAAUAGAUCACUGGUGAUACAUAAUUAUGAUCCAAAUUAUAAAGGUGUAAUUUUUGAAGCCUCUUCUUUAGAAAUGGAAGAGGAUGGUCAACCUGAUAUCAAACCCAUAGGUUUGAUUGACAAUAUUCAAUACGCUCUUACCUGUUUGCGGUUGGUUACUGACCAAAGCCUUUCGUUGGCUAAAGCAAUAAAUGCCAUAAUAUUAUCUGAACCGAAACUUAUAGAAAAAGUCAAAUUUAUGAAUGUAUUGGAACUUCAUCGACAACAGUAUCUUGUCUAUCAACUUCUACGUGAAGUUGCUGAAUACUCACAAAAUACUAAGGAUGAAGAGCAACAAUUCCCAGGUCGUAAAGCUAAAAAUCACAUUGAACCAAGUGAUGAUUCACAGUUGCAAAAAGUUUUCGAAAUCAUCUUAUCUCAAAUUACUCCUUUUGGUUCAUUACAGCGGAUUCCGUACGAAAUGAAAGACAAUGUCAUAAGUGCUAAUUUUACAGUUCGUUUCUUGAAUACAUCUGAAGAAGGCUUAUAUCAUCUGUACUUUCAUAAUUGUGCUGAAUUAAAUGUAGAAUCUGGUAAACGUCAUUCAGUUAACUUAACAUUAAAAAUGGUUGAGAAGAAUGUAAACAGUUAUUUAUCUGCUGGUCAACAACCAUUGCCUAUGCUUUAUGCAAUUUCGUGUUUGGCUUAUUUGUUCCUUAGUAUUUUCUGGUUUGUUUACCUUCGCAAAUCAAAAAAUUCGGUUUAUCGAAUUCAUUAUCUCAUGUUAGCAGUUACUGUUGUCAAAUCAAUUUCACUUGGCUUUCAUAGUGUAAAUUAUUAUGUGAUUGGGAAACACGGUGCUCAUGAAGAAAGUUGGGCUGUUAUGUAUUAUAUUACUCAUAUUAUUCGAGGUGCACUUCUAUUUAUCACUAUAUUACUGAUUGGUGCUGGUUGGGCCUUUAUCAAACAUAUGUUAACACCGCGUGAACGUAAUGUGUUCUUGAUUGUAGUACCUCUUCAAGUUUUAGCCAAUAUUGCUACUAUAGUUAUUGAAGAGUCUGAAGCUGGUGCAGCUCGUUAUGCUACAUGGAAAGAAAUUUUCAUUUUUGUCGAUUUAGCAUGUUGUGGAGCAAUUUUAUUCCCUGUUGUCUGGUCUAUUAGACUUUUAAAAGCAGCUUCUCAAACAGAUGGUAAAGCAGCUAUAAAUCUGCGUAAUCUACGGUUAUUCCGUCAUUUCUACAUUCUGGUUAUUUGUUACGUGUAUUUUACACGUGUCAUUGUCUACCUGAUGACAAUCACUGUAGUCUAUUCGUAUUCAUGGCUUGUGGAAUUAUUCAAGGAAACGGUGACUUUCAUUUUCUUUAUUUCAGUUGGUUAUGAGUUUCGUCCAGUUAAUGAUAAUCCUUAUUUACUCGUUUCUGAUGAAGAUGACGAUGAAGAUACUGUGAUGGAACGUAUGCAAAUGGAAGAUAUAUGGUCUCAGUCUGGUUUAACAGAUGGAGUGACACGAGUACAAAGAUCCCAGUCGAAGCGUAAAUCAAAUAUUCCAAUGAAAACUUAUCCAAAAAGUCAAGAUAAAGAAUCAUUACUACAAGGAGUAGAAAAUGCAUAGUUUUAUUCUAAAUAUAUGCUUCUCAAUCCUCUCCCAUCUAAUAUCAAUCUACACUGCAAAACAGAUCAAAAAUAAAACGAUUUUAUGUGUAUACACGUUUGUGUAGUGCUAUUACUACUACUUCUUUUGCUACCAACUAUGUGAUUUUCUUUAGUUAUCUUAUUUCUGUUUUGCAGUUUUAUAAACAUGUAUAGUAAAUAUCCAAGUGUAGAUGCGCAUGUAUGGGAAAUUCGUCCCUAUUUCCCCUCCCGCCCACAAAAACAUUUAUGGUACUUUUCUGAUCUUCUUAUAUCCACUCAUGUUGUUUUCCUAACAGACAUUUUGUACACACGGAUUCUUCUUUUAUGGUUAUUGUUUUUUUCGUACGAUUAUGUUCGUGUGUACGAGGCCUACUCUCUCUCUCUCUCUCUCUCUCUCUCUCUCUCUCUCUCUCUCUCUCUCUCUCUCUCUCUCUCUCUCUUGUUCUCUCAUAUAAAUAAAAUUUAUCACUUCAAAACAAACCUUUGAGAAAAAUAAACUCAUCUAUUUUGUCAUUUUUAAAUAAAGCAUACAAAAUGCAUGUAAACUUAUCAUUAUAUUGAGUGGAAUUAAAUAAUACUCCACAAUAAGAACGACAAACAACGAUAAAUUUUGAUAGUGCGAUAAGAAGAUGAAGAUUAUCAGAAUUAUGUCAUAUACUUGCGCAACACAUAGUUUUUAAGUACAUUUGUGAUCAGAUUGUCCGAAAUGUAUUGCGCAAAUACAUUACAUAAUUCUGAUAACCUUCGUCUUCUCAUCGUAUUAUCCAAAUUUAUCAAAGGAACUAAUUGUUUUAGACAACAGUAAAUUGUUUACAUCAAAAUGAUUAGUUUUAUUUUGUUUUACUCCUGGCUUUUGCCUUUUGAUUGUUACUAUCACUAAAUCCUGUAACAUGAUGACUUGCAGUGCAGAUUUUUAUUUGUUCGUUUCCUUUUUUAAACCUCUAAUCCACUUUCUUGUUUGCAGAAAAAAAAGUAUCUGUAGUUUUCUCACUUCCACUAUCAUAUUAAAAAUAAUAGCUGAAAUAAGAUUUUGUUUGUAUAA